GUGGUUAGGUGUCAAUGUUUUUGUAGCUCGCUCCGUGUAUGUAACCGCACCAAGGACUCUGCAAUGUGAUUUCCUGACAUUGAUUUGUUUUCGUAUCAUUUAACCCGCCGGCUUCACUGCAUGAUGUACCAGCUUUCGACAUGGGGGAUCACUAGAAGGUGAAAGACGGAAGUAACCGAGGAAAAAGCCGGAAUGGCAGGCGCCUUUGGCUUUAAAGGCUGCCAGAAAAUUCGAGGACCUCAGAUUAGAAAUCUGCUUGAGGCGAAGGACUUCUUUCUCUUCGACUGCGACGGGGUCAUAUGGCACGGAGAGAAUGCGAUAACGGGCGCCGCAAAGGUGGUGAGCUCGCUGAUCCGGCGCGGCAAAAACGUGGUGUUCGUCACCAACAAUUGCACCAGGCCGCGGGAGAAUUAUGUGCACAAGUUCUACCGGCUGGGCUUUACCGACGUGAUGCUGGAGCAGAUCUUCAGCUCCUCGUACUGCUCGGCUCUCUACCUGAGAGACGUCGUCAAGGUCCCCGGCCAGGUGUUUGUCAUCGGCUGCGACGGACUGCGCAGAGAGCUGCAAGAGGCAGGCAUCCCCUGCGUGGAGGAGGCGGAUGAUCCGGACGCCACCAUCUACAACUGCGCCCUGGCUCCGGACGUGAAGGCAGUGCUGGUUGGACAUGAUGACAAACUGACUUUUCUGAAACUGGCCAAAGCCUCCUGCUACCUGAAGGACCCGGAGUGUCUGUUCCUGGCCACCGACAACGACCCCUGGCACCCUCUGUCAGGUGGAAGGAUACUACCAGGUUCUGGCUCCCUCACAGCAGCCUUGGAGGUGGCCUCAGGACGCAAGGCCACUGUGAUCGGAAAGCCCAGCCGCUUCAUGUUCGAAUGCAUCUCCAGUCAGUUCAGAGGGGUGGAUCCCGCCCAGUGCCUGAUGGUCGGGGACCGCCUCGAGACGGACAUGCUGUUCGGGUCCAACUGCGGCCUCGACACCAUGCUCACUCUCACUGGUGUGUCUCAGAUCGAGGAGGCCCAGGAGUACAGGAAUAGUGACCAAACCACCAACCACAGCUUGGUGCCCGACUACGUGGUGGACACCAUUGCUGAUUUCUUACCGGCUUUUGAGGAACUGGACGAACAGAGCAACUGAUGAGUCUGUGGUCUCCAGUAGAGAGCACAGAUUGCUUCAAGCGCAAUGUUGAGUCUUUAGUUUGCAACAGAAUUAAAUCUUAAUAAAUAACAAGGCGCUGUUUAUGUUGUGACCAAGACUGAUUUAGGGCAAAUAAUUUCCAUAAUCACAGUAAUCCAGUGCAUACCUCAGUGUUUCUUCAAGUGUUGUGCUCAUUUUGUGACUUGACAGUUUCUGUAGCUUUACGUGUUUAUAAUAAUCUAUGAAUAUACUGCAGUUUUGUGUUCAUACAGAUCAUAUCGUGUUUGAUAUUGAGUUUUAAACAUCCAGAGGUAUUUUUGUAAAGCCAUGAAUUGUUCUGAAUUCAUGUGUUUAGAAGCUGGCUGUUUAAAGUUUGUUGCCAAACAGGAGACAUGUACUUACUAAUGCUGAAUUAUCUUCAAGUGUGCUUGCCUAGGUGUCACUUCUAAUUAUAUCACGAGAAGAUAAAAAAAACUAACAGUGUGAGCUUUUCUCAGCUCUGGUAGAGACUAAGCUGACAAUCUGCCAGGCAGACAGGUAAAGUGUUCAUUCACUUCCGGCCUUUCUGUCAUGUCUGUGCUACUUGUGCCAAUAUUCAUCGGAGUAAACGGCUUACUGAAACUCAUAGCUAGAAAGCCAGUAAUGGUUGCCUAUCAUACUGCACUGUUGUGAACUUUCAGUGUUGUUAAUGUUUACCAUAUAGAGCAUGCCAGCAAUGGUAACAAUAAAUACCUUAAAUUAAAUUUUUCUUGAAAAGAGUGGUGGCCUGUUACUAGAAUUCGCUUUAUGGUCUGCUUGUUUUGGAUCUGCACAAUCAAAUUCCAACAAUAAAAUAAUCCAACAUUA